AUUGGUGGAGUUACGAUUGCGGAAGCGGGAUUGCCCAAUCAGGGGCGGGGUGUGCCGCUUCUCUUGGAUAUCGCCGCUGGUGGGAAGAGGGGCUCCGUGAGGUAACCCCGACCUCACAGGUGACCCCACUCUUCCGGUGACCCCCAGUGAUGGCCACUCCCUCCUCAGGCCGGAAACACUUUGUGGACCAGCACAAGGAGGAACUGAUCCGCCGUAUAGACAACGUAGACGUGGUCCUAUCACAGCUCCUGCAGGACAAGCUUCUCGUCUCGGAGGACUAUGAGGCCGUGACCACCAGAAAAAGCAGCCAGGAUAGGAUGAGCAAACUCUUCUCCGUCAUCCACCAUUGGACCAAUUCCCAGAAGGACAAACUCUACCAGGCCCUGAAGAGGAACUACCCGGCCACCGUCUCUGUUAUGGAGAAGACCAUGGAUCAAGUAACGGAUGAAGAAUUUGAAAAGUGCAUGAAGACCCACAAGGAGAACAUCAAAUACCAUUUUGAGUUAAUAAAGGACCGGAACGCCCGCCUGGGGGAGAGCACCCCCCUGAGGAGGAGGUACACCCCGCUGGUGCUCUUGCUGAAGUUUCGGGGGGAAGAGGAGAAGAAGCGGGAGUUGAGUUCCUCGGGGGAGGAGCAAGCUCAAAUAUUGAUUGACAGGUCUUCCGAGGAGUAUUCUCCGACCUCCAUCGAGGAGUUCUUCAACCCGUCGGACACCGGCGGCGUUCCAAAGACCGUGAUCAUACACGGAGCCGCCGGCAUCGGGAAAUCUCUGACCGGCCGCAAGAUCAUCUUGGACUGGGCCACCAACAACCUCUACGGAGGGAAAUUCGACUUCCUGUUCUAUCUCAGUUACAAGGAUUUCACCCAAAUCACCGGCAAUCUCAGCUUAGUUGGACUUAUCAACAAGACCAGCCGGUUGAAUUUCCGCCCCGAGGUCAUGAGGUACAUCCUGAGCAACGGGGAACGGGUGGGCUUCGUGAUCGCCAGCUUCGAAGAAAUGAAAUGCAGUUUGAAGGAGAAGAGUGAGAUCUGCCAAGACCCGCUUCAGGAGGCCAACAAAGACGUCCUCCUGAGGAGCCUUCUGAAGGGGCAACUCGUCAAGGGGGCUUCUUUCAUCAUCACCACCAGACCCUUUCUACUGGAACAGCUGCAGACGUUCCUACCAGAUGUGCCCCGGCUUGUGGAGAUCGUCGGGUACACGGCGGACGCCCGGGCGCAUUACCUUGACAUUUUCUUCGACAACAGAGAGUCGGAGAAGGCCGUGGACAUCACCAGGAGGAAUGAAGUUCUCUUCAGUCUCGCCACCGUGCCGUUCAUGUGUUGGGUCAUCUCCACCGUCACCAACCAACAGCUUUCCAAGUAUCCCUCCAACUUCACCACCAACACCUCCAUGUUCCUCUACUACCUGAAGGGUUUGAUCAUCUACCACAGCCGGAACGGCGGCAUGGUCCACUGCCUGAAGAAGGUCUGCGCCUUGGCCAAUGAAGGCCUUCUGAACCAGAAGGUCCUCUUCGAAGAAGAAGACCUGAAAAGACACAAACUUUCCGUGUCUCUGGUGGAAUCCGUCUUCCUGAGCAACGUCUUCUUCCACGGCGACAUCGGGAAGCGCACCUGCUACAGCUUCGUCCACCACAGCUUUCAGGAGUUCCUGGCUGCACUGCACUACACCAUGCCCGGGGAGGGCGAGAGCAGCAAAUCCGGGACGAGGGCGGUGAGAGAGAGUACUUACCUGCCGGAGAUCUGUAAGGGACGAUCCUUAAUGGACCUGCUGGAAAAACAGCCCCAUAUGGCCCUCGCCGUCAGAUUUCUCUUCGGCCUCCUGAACCAAGCGCAGAUCGAAGACUUCAACAGCAGCGCCGACUGUGCCCUGUCCUUCCAAGGCACCACAGCCAUGAUCUCGUGGCUCUUCGGGGGCGAUAUAACGGAGUUCAAUACGGAGCGCAUUUUGUUCCUGUACGAGACGCGGGAUGACGAGUUCAUGACGUACGUGGCGUCCCGUGCCGUGAAUCUGACCUUCUCGCAGUGCCAGAAAGCCGACAACUGGGUCUACCAACUGGCCUUCUGCUUGAAGGCGUGUGAGGGCAAGAAGGUCACUCUGUCCGGGUACGUCCUGAAGAAGGAACACAUGUCCGCGUUGGUUCCCGUCCUGAAGAAGUGUUCCCAGGUUUGCUUCCGGAGUUGUCGCUUCGCGGAUGACGUGAACUCCACUUCCAGCUGGAAGAACUCGAUGUUUACAUCUCUGGUCAUGCAGGACAGUAAAAUUCAAGACUUGUGCCUGUUGGGUUGUAUUUUGCCCACUUCUACUUGUGAAGUCCUUGACAACGCCACCAGGCAAAGCCGCAGUCUCUCCAUACUUUAUGUAAUGUUUAAAGUUAAUACCAAAAAGGAACACGAAGAAAUGAGACGCUACCAUCAGGUCUUCAAAUCUCCGGAAUGCACCGUGUCCACCAAGAGGUACGUCUGUGUGUGAGGCCUUGUCCAAUGGAUCAGUGAGGACCACAGUCCCUGUAUAAUGUCCCUAUACAGAGAAGACAUGAGAUACAACCAUUGUCCCCUCAGUGAGGACCUCAGUCCCUGUAUAAUGUCCCUAUACAGAGAAGACAUGAGAUACAACCAUUGUCCCCUCAGUGAGGACCACAGUCCCUGUAUAAUGUCCCUAUA